AAACAAAGUCUGUCUGUGAAAGUAAGUUUCCUGAUCCCGAGGAGACUUGGUUUGGGAGAGAAGCUGCACACUGACUUCAGCUGCACUCGGAAGAUCAGACAGGUUCUCCUUCAAAGGGGGAGGGGGAGAGGAAAAACCACUUAUUUAUUCCUGAGAAGAAGGGAGGUAGAAAAUAAAGAAGCCAAUACAUAGCUAGACAUACAUAUUUUAAAGAAAAGGAUGCUUUGGAAGACUUUGUUGCUGCUGCUAUUCUAUUACAGUGCUCAUGCCACUGUGACGUACAAAUGGAGCAGAGCUAUGCUUUACCCAGCUGCUCAGCGAUUGAAGAGGUCCUCAGCUGCCUUCCUUAAUCCAGUGCUACAAAACUCCUUGGAAGACGUGGUCCUGCUUUAUGAGUUUCUUUUAGCUGAGCUUGACAUUGACAAGAGUCAGAGGAUCUCUAUCAAAGAUGAGGAACUGGCUUCACUGAGGAAGGCUGCUGAGUUUGACACCAUCUGCAAUGAGAUUAUCCCCAAGAGCAUCACAGAGAUCCGCAGGCUGAGUAGCAGGCUGUCCUCCUACCCGAGGGUCCUCAAGAAAGAAGACUUUGAAAGGACAGUGCUGACCAUGGUCUACACAGCCUACAGGGCUGCUCAGUCCCAGGGGCACCAGAAGGACACUUGGGUUGAAUCUUUUGUCAGUCUUUACAAAGCCCUGAAGCACGACCUGAUGUUCCCAUACAGCAAAGAGCCAUCAUAAUGGGAGACUUGAUACAACUCAGCCGUCUCUUCUGGUUGAUAAGGGACACAUGUAGCACGUCCACCACUUUAUUCUAUAAAGAAUUUAAUAGCCUGCUUCAUGAAAGAUUAUUUGUUUUCUAGCUCCCUCUUGUGGAAUCGACUUUAUAGAUACAAGUUAAAUGGGGAAAAAAUGUUAUUUUCAGUCCCCAAAUUUGUUUUUGUGCUGGCUUAGAGGCAUGUUUUGUGACUGGAAAAUAAGGGAGUCCCAGAUGGGUAUGCCUGUAUCUUAUCUGUAUGUUUCCUAUAAACAAUACAUAAGUAUAUGAUGCUUAUGCUCACAUACUUAUGUGUAUGUGCUGGAAAAUGCUGCUUUCCUAGCUGGGAAAACAAGUUCAUAUUUCAGCUGCCCAGUAAAAGAAUAUUAAAAAGAGUUGCAAAGGUCCUCUGUAAAAGGCAGAGGAUUCGUUACUGUCAGCCUCCAGAAAUUAUGGAAAAAUAUUAAUUCCAACUAUUCUUGUAAAUAAUCACUGUCUGACUCACUUUAUUUGGCUGAGCCAAUUUUUAAUCACAAUAACAUUUGUAGAAGACAAAGGGCAUUGUGAACACCAGCAGCAAACAAUGCCUGUGAACAUAUUCCCUGCUCCCCAGAACUGCCCUUCCAAACAGUCUGCAAUGACUCUUUCACUGUUUGCACAUGACUUUGCUUCUGCUCCUUUGUUUUUGAAUAGAACAUGGAUUUGUCCUCAGUGGAGUCAAAGGCAAAACAAAAGCCCUGUUUAAUUUAACAAUGACAAUAUUUUCCUGAUUCUAUCACUUGAACACAUAUCAUCUAAACUAGUGCUUCAGAAUCCCCCUGAGGCAAGGGAAGAAGGUGGAUUAAACAUACCUGGUGC